CUCAGUGAGGCUCAGUCUGCAUCGAGCAGUUGAAGUGUUGUGUUCUGUGAACAAAAAAAAACAAAAUGGGUUCAAUGACAUUCCUGUUGGGUGUGUUCGCGUUGGUUACCUUUGUCUUCUACGCCGAAGCCGCUGGCACGUGCCCUCUUCCUUCGAAAGUGUACGGUUGCAGCCCUAAAUGCAAGGAGGACUACGAAUGUACACACGGCAAGGUCUGCUGUUCUAAUUCGUGCAACGCCAAGUCGUGUUCAGAGCCGGCUGCUUACGGCGGAGGCACCGGGAGCUCCAGCAAACACGCAACCGGCGGAACGGGCGUUUACUGCGAAAACGUCAAGUGUAACUCUUACGAAAUAUGCAAGCGUGAUCCAAUGACGAAGAGAAUGAAAUGCAGCAGAGCUUAAAAAGAGAGAAAUCAGAUUAAAUUAAUAUGUUUAUUGACGUUAUAAAUAAAUUUUGUACCAAAUUUUUAUAAUAAAUAUAUACACGGGC